AUAAACAUGUAUUAUGCAUCAAUUUAUAGAGUUACCCUUACAACACUUUAUUUUAUAUGUUGGCGUCUGCUGAACUUGGCUGUAUUGCUGCAUUGCAAAGGUCAUUCUGUGGACCAGACAAUGAACCAGGCUGUCAAAGCACUACCGUUGGUACAUUGAGAUGAAGCAGAAAGGGUACAUCUUAAAAGACAGAGCACAGGGCAGCCACAACUGAAGAGGAAUCAGUGAAGCAAUUUUGUGUCCUCUUCAGAGAAGUCCCAGGAUAUCGAAAUUAAGGAAGACAUUCUCCGUAAGUGGAGGAAAAAACCUUACUCCUUUCACCUCUUUCAAGCCCUCAUGGAGACAGUUAAAGCAAAACAAGCUUUGCUGAUUUCAGGGUCACAGGGAAGUGGAGAUAACUACCAGUGAUAAGACUAAGUUUUAUUUAAGUGGAAAAAUGAAUCACUAUAACCUCCACAAAUAGGGCACUGAAAACCAACAUUUCACAACUGAGCUUGUAAGGAAUUCACUAAAAGUAAAUGUCUUUUGUGCCAAAUGAAGCAUGUGGGUCUUCAUGACUUCUCUUUUGCAGAAGAUAUCAUCAAAGGAAUUUUUUCCUCUUUUGGACAUACUUAUGGACUGGUUUUUUUCCCUACAGCUGCCAAAAGUCUUCAACGCCCCUGUUUUCCACCAGGAUGAGGCUCUGCCUCACUUCUGUUAUGCAGUGCACAGAUUCCUAAUGUAUACACUUCCUGGUAUGGACUGGACACUGUUCAAAAGAUUGACCCGCUCCUGGAAUAGUGGCCUCCAGAUCUCCCAGACACCUCACCAUGUGACUUCUUGUGAGGAUGAGUCAAGAACCUCCGUGUUUGUACUGCUUCCUCCUUGUAGCCUUGAGGGGAUACCAUUUCAGCUGUGAACAGCGAUAUGUUACAGAGGGUCUGAAUGAAGUGGGCUACAGGAACGAUGUGCACCUUGUGCAAGAAAAGCAUAUGCUGAGCAUUUUCACUGUGUAUAUGCCUUGUUUCCCGGGUCCUCGGGAAGCAUGAGUCUAUCUGGACUUGAGACAAGAAGAAAACAAGACAUCUUCAGAAGGAAAACCAGACACUAGCAAAAAGUAUCCCAAAGUCUGAAGAGACAGGACACAAACAUGACCGACAGAGGACUUAGGGAUCCUCCACAGGAUUCUCAAAAGAAUUUGGAAAAUGACCCAUCAGUAAGCCCUCAGGCACAGGAGACCACGGUCACAGCAAGUACCACUGAAGAAGCUCAGACCCCAAAUCCUGCCUCUGGUCUUAACAAAGAUCACCAAGAGAUAGAAUCAAUUGGUCCAGAAAGUCCAGAAGUAGGCGAUCAGUCAGCAAGUCCAGACGAAACAAAUUAUGGGAAAGAUCCAGAGGAUGUGGAAGGUGAGAACAACCAGAGUUUUCAGGAUGGAGAACCAGGGAAUCCACUCCCUUCAGAAAGUGAAGAAGAGCCCCUGGAUCCAGAAUCCAGCUGUUCUCCAAGUGACAAGAUGGGAAGAGCAGGUCCACACUCGGUGAGCAGCUCUGCAGCCCUCCCCGAGGACGUGACCGACAGACCCGGAGCCUCGCGGGAGCCGCCUGCCGCAGACCCUGAGGACGCCCAGAGCCCUGGUGGUUCCACUGCGGGGCUGGAGGGCCAGGACUCACUGAGGAGGAGACUGCUGGCGCCAGAGGCUGAGAGGCAUCAACAAGAGAUACAGAAAUUGGAAGAAAACAAAGAGAAUGCACAGGAUACCGGGAGAAAGAUGAAUAAAAAGGAUUUUUUGAGCUAUGGCUCCAUCUUUCUUGGCUUCAUGGUUCUGACUCUUGUUUUGCUAAGUUCUGUUAAUAGCUACUAUUCCUCUCCAGCCCAGCAAGUGCCCAAAAAUCCAGCUUUGGAGGCCUUCUUGGUUCAUUUCAGCCAAUUGAAGGAUAAAUUUCCAGGCCAGAGUUCCUUUUUGUGGCAGAGAGGACUUAAGUUUCUCCAGAAGCACCUCAAUUCUUCAAACCCCACUGAGCCAGCCACCAUCAUAUUUACAGCAGCUCGAGAGGGAAGAGAGACCCUGAGGUGCCUGAGCCACCACGUGGCAGAUGCCUACACGUCCUCCCAGAAAGUCUCUGCCAUUCAGAUUGAUGGGGCUGGGAGAACCUUGCAGGACAGUGACAAGGUCAAGCAUUCAGUUGACAUGGAGCUGAGCUCCGGGUUUGAGAAGGGCCAGAAGGCUGCUGUGGUACAUCGCUUUGAAUCCCUCCCUGCAGGCUCCACCUUGAUCUUCUACAAGUAUUGUGACCAUGAGAAUGCUGCCUUUAAAGAUGUGGCCCUGGUCCUAACGGUCCUACUGGAGGAGGAGACCUUAGACGCAAGUGUCGGCCCACGGGAAACUGAAGAGAAAGUGCGAGAUUUACUCUGGGCGAGGUUUACCAACUCCAGCACUCCCAGCUCUUUCAACCACAUGGAUUCAGACAAACUGAGCGGGCUGUGGAGCCGCAUUUCCCACCUGGUGCUGCCCGUCCAGCCCGUGAGGAACAUAGAAGAACAGGGCUGCUCUCUAUAAGCCAAGCACGGAGUUGGUUAUGGAAGGCAUGGGUAUAUUAAAAAGUCAGUUUAAAAGCCUUCUGUUCAUAUGGAAGGAGCUUGAUGAAUGUGAGGAAAUAGCCUGGAAAGUACAAAUGAGCUUAUUUUAGAAAAAAAUUCAUUUUUUACUUUUUUUAAAAUUUUUCUUAUCUAAGCUUGACAAAGCUAAAAGUUGACCUGACUUUUUCUUUCCUUGCCUUUCAGGCAAAUCAGGUAUAUAUAACAGGUAUUUUUUUAAUCCACAAAUAUAGCAACAUAAUCAUUGCGUGGGAAGGUAAUCUCAGAGUAAUUACAGAUUGAUUUUUGUUUUCUUGAGACUCUAAAGAGCCUUUUAGAUAGUAUUUGGACUCGGAUUAAAGCAAUUACAGUUUAUGAAACAAUGAAAAUUUUUAAAAAAUUGUAUCAUGUUAAAUAUUUUUUAAAUUUGUCUUAAUAAUCUGGUUGGGGGAUUACAGCUUAUGCUUAUUUGCACUUUUGAGUAGUAUGAAACAGGAGAUAAGAAUUCAAAUACUUACUUACCUAAGUACUAUAUGUAAGAUAUGCUAUGUUUUUAUUCCGUUAAUUAGCUCUGAGAUAAAAGCAGCUGUACUCAAGAGAUGUUUUUAAAAAUUGGAAACAAUGGGGCAAUUGUUUAUAAUGGCUGCAAAUGAAGAUAUUCCAGGUGUCUGUAUCUUUGUUUCAACUUUCUUGAAUGAUUCAGAGCAGUGAUUUUUUAAGCUGUCUAUUGGUACCCCUCCCCUUUGUAUCAGCAGUUCUGCUUUUGACCAUUUUAUAUAUUGGGAUUCUCCAUACGAUUUGAAAACCAUUGAUUAGUGGGAAAAAAAUCUUAAAAGAUAGGAAAUGGGUAGGAAAAAAUGAAUGUAGUAAAACUCAUGAGUAGAAAGGGGAUGAAACACAGGUUUAUCAUAUAGACUUGGCUAUUUAUGAAGGAUAAAGACCCACAGAUGAAUAGCAGAAUGUAUACAUUAGUAUUUACUAGCAUAUUUCUGAUGCUUUUAAAAAUUUCUGUUCAUCAUUUUUGUCUCCUCUGAAUAAACUGUAUAGGAUGAGAGGUUGAACGCCGUUUAAGCAGAACAGAUUUUAAUAACCAGCUGAAUAGUAGAUUUUUAUAUGGGCACAUUAGCAUAACUUUACCACACUGUUUACUUGUUAGACAGUGAUGGAACAUUAUAUAAUGCAGCUAAUUUCUUGCCCUGCUAGUUAGAAGUACCAUUAGGUUAACAGUUAGGAAAAUGUAAGAGAUGUUAUACUUAGAGGAAACAGAAAUGGUAGGUAGAUUCUAAGAGGUUUUAAUAUUUUAUUGUUGGACCAUGUUUGUAAUUGUAAGAAAGCUUGAGAACAGUGUUUAUGGAGAUAGUACUUGUUGAUUUGCAUUCCAACCCAAAACCAGAACUUUAGUAAAAUGAUCUUGACCUCAUGAAUGAUCUGUUCCAUUACAUGGCAUACCCAGGACCUAUCACCGUGAACCUGGAAUCUUUUAGCUAAGUUUUGGCCUCUCUACUGCUGUGAGAGCAUAUAUAUAUAUAUAUAUUUAAAAUGAAGUCACAUGAUUAAAUUAUGGAAGGAUUUUUUUUUUUUCAGAAACAGUAAAAAGAUAUACAGCUCUUUGAUACCUAAACAGAGAUCAUAAAGAAUUGGGGGAAGAAUCUAUUUGAAAAUGACUGUCACAGGAAAAACAAAUCUGUUCUAACCAAGGCCUGACAUCCAGUGGAGGGCCAUACGUAAAGGAACUGUUUUCGUUUGGGAUUUUGCGAAGGACUCUCCCGCUAGAUUUGAGGAGACCUUCCUGAAUAAGAAGUUAAAGCACAGUGAAUAUAAUGUCAGUGUCAAUCCGGUAUUUCCAGAUCUCCGAUGCCAGCGUUACAUCACACAAAACCAGCGGUGCCUUGUAGAAGUGUUCUGUCAGCCUGCUGACCUGUGCUACCUCAGCUCCUUAAAAAACCAGUGUGAAGUGUGCACAUCUAAGCUGUCAGUGACGCAGAUCACAGUUGAGACAAAGGUUGUUUCUUCAUUCAGUUGAGUUGAUUUUUCAUCAUUUCCUUUCAGUAUAAUUUCCAAAAGUCACAAUUUUUUUUUUUUUUUUUUACUAUUUGGUCUUUGUUAAAAAUACUUUCCUUCCAUGUAUAAGUGCAAUCAGCUGAAACUGUUGUCAGUUUUCUGUUCACUAUCUCAGAAACCCUUUUAAAAAGCAAUAUAUUAGCUCUGUGAUUUCUCAUGAGAAAGCAAAAAAUUAUAUUUUUAAAUGUAUGAAUAAAAUCUAUUAUCUAAUGUACUCUUAGGUUGGCUUCUAUUCAGUUGCAUCUGUUUUUUACGUUUACCAAGUUUCCAGAUUUUCUUUUGUGUAUCUAGUAGUUCAUCUUUCAUUACUGUAAUAGAUAGUUAGCUUGUUUGACUUAGAACAGUGGCUUGUGGGCAUACGAUACCAUACAUGGUACCCAGACACUGCUGUUUAAUUAUUAUCACAGAACAACUCCCGUUACAUUACAUAUUAAUAUAAAUCACUUCUUGAAUGAUACCAGAGUUCUAGAAGCAACUGGUAGGAUUAUAAACAGCCUCUGGACUUGAGUUUCCCCCUGUGGGGUAAACUUUAGGUUCCCCAGUUAGUUCCCAAAAGUUGGCAGAGAAGUUCCAGGGGAUUCAUAUAACUAAAUGUAGCAAUGCUGUUAUUUCUGUUUCUCUUUUUUAAAUCAAUAAAUUUAAAUGUAUUUCACUUGGAAGCUGCCACAGUCAACGUGGUGUGUAAGGCUCAGCAGGCCUGUUACUACCCACCGUCCUCUGGCUAAUGUCCCAGGUGAACAGUGUUAUUAGCCCCUGAGGUGGUUUUGACCCUUUUGCAGUUUUUAAUUGUUUGAUUUAUACUUUUAUCUGGUAAAGACAGGAAAUAUAAUGAGCAUUGUUAAAAUACAACAAAUUCAGCAUGUAAAAGUGAUAACAAUUCAGCAAGAUGAUCUUCACCAGGACUAUACUUGCAUACCUCUGACUACAGUUUUUAUGCAUAUUCAGGUGUCUAGUACUUCAAAAACUAAUGUUAAAUAGAAAAUAUAAUUACAUCUGAUUAAGGUUAUCAUUUAAUGGGAGUAAAGCUUGUCUCCAUACACAGGGUAUUUGUAGAGAAGUACUUUCAAAUAGAAACAUGACACCUUUUAUCUUUUAUCAUCUGAAAAUAAAACGUAACAAUUAUAAAAAUAAACCAAUACCUCUUUGUAAAGCCCUCAAUAUAUCAUUUUAUAAAAGCAGUUUUUAAUCUUUUUCAAGUCGACUAUGUAGUUAAAUAUUAAUCUUCGUUUUAACAUAUUUCAUUUUAAAAUUUGUUGAAAAGUCAUAGUGGUUUUGCUUUUUGUUUUCAUUUUUUUUCAAAAUUAAGGUACCUUGAACACUGUAUCACUUGUUUAAUAGGAAUGUUGAAAAAUGAUGAAAUGAUUAUUUUAAAAUAUUUCUAAGGGUGUCUGUAAGAUUAUAAAAUACUUUAGGCUUAUGAGUCAUGUAGGAAAUACUUGUUUUGAAUAAUAAUAUAUUUGUAAAGAAGAUGUUACCAAUUCUAGAGAGAACUGAAUAAAGUUAAGAUAUCCAUGUAAAACAGGUUUCCCAGAUGACUUUAAAAUAUGCCUUAUUUCUAUUAUGUGAAGUUUUAGGUGUUAGGUUGUGAAGUAGCUGAUGAUAGGGGCCUAAAUUUGCCUCAUUCAGACUGAGACUGGGCUGUUGAAACUCAUCUGCAGCUAAUAUGCUGCCCCGUCACCCCCCAUCUAUGCCAGUGCUGCUCCCCCUGUUUUUAAAAAUGUAUAUACACACUGGUUAAGAGCACUAGCCUUAUCCAGACGGUCUGAGAACAUAACCAGUAUCCCCUAAUCUGUGAGUAAUCUGUAAAGAUGUAAACAGUUUAAUCUUCAAUGCAUUUCCUUCCCGUGUUACGUGCUGUGUUUAUUUCAGCUUGUUUUGAUGUCUUUAAAAAUCCAGAGACUGGUUCCUAUACUGGGAAGUGAUCUCCCACUUUUCCUCACUGAGGUUCAUAAACUAAAUCUGCCCUUGGCUAAGAGCAAUUCCCUGAACUACAAAGAACAUUUUGGACUUGGGAAGCAGCGGGCUGCGUAGGGAGGGUAGAGCUGGCAAGAAGUGAUGCCUGCUACUGCCGGCCCACAGCGGUGGCAGCCUGCCUUCCCCGGUGUCCAGCUCGGCUCAGCAUCCUCAUGCCAGAGCUCUAGGCCACCGCUCUGAGUUGACCAGAUUACAAGACGUGUAAAUCUGUUUGCCAUCCCUUUCGUGAAAGAAGCAUUGACUUUCAAACAACUGCAUUUUGAUUUUUUUUUCCUACUUAACAACAAAAAAAGGGCUUUGCCAAUAUUAAUGUCAAAAUUCUUGGCAUUCCCCUUCUUCCUUAUGUAACCAUGAUUGCAUUUGCAUUUGUUUCUUAUAGAGGUUGAAGGAUGUGCCUUAUUCAAAUUUGUUGUCUGGUUUUACCAAAAAUAAAUCAUUUUAAUUUUU